UGCUGGCCCUGCCGCCUCUGCGCGUCCUGAAGCUGCCGGCUCCACUUGGGGCACCUAAAAAACCCCUGACGCAUCUUUCCUCUGGAACCCUACUAUGUCAGGCAUGGAGCUUCUUUGCUAAAGCAGAAAAUUGGAAGGAGCGCGCUAAACUGGUGGAUGCAGCGGAUGUGAGCCCUGUGCAAACAUCUCCAACCCGUUCAGAUGUUGCUGUUUCCUCGGGUUGCAGGUCUAUGGAAAUGCAGGAUCUAACCAGCCCGCAUAGCCGUCUGAGUGCUAGUAGUGAAUCCCCCAAUGGUCCCAAACUCGAUAACUCUCAUAUAAAUAGUAAUUCCAUGACUCCCAAUGGCACCGAAGUUAAAACAGAGCCAAUGAGCAGCAGUGAAAUAGUUUCAACAACAGCAGACGGGUCUUUAGAAAAUUUCUCAGGUUCAGCAAUUGGGAGCAGUAGCAGCUUCAGCCCUCGACCAACUCACCAGUUUUCCCCUCCACAAAUUUACCCUUCCAACAGACCAUACCCACAUAUUCUCCCUACCCCUUCCUCACAAACUAUGGCUGCAUAUGGGCAAACACAGUUUACUACAGGAAUGCAACAAGCAACAGCCUAUGCCACGUAUCCACAGCCCGGACAACCGUAUGGAAUUUCUUCAUAUGGUGCAUUGUGGGCAGGCAUCAAGACUGAAGGUGGAUUGUCACAGUCUCAGUCACCUGGACAGACAGGAUUUCUCAGCUAUGGCACAAGCUUUGGCACCCCUCAACCUGGACAGGCACCAUACAGCUACCAGAUGCAAGGUAGCAGUUUUACAACUUCAUCAGGAUUAUAUACAGGAAAUAAUUCACUCACAAACUCCUCUGGAUUUAACAGUUCACAACAGGACUAUCCAUCAUAUCCCAGCUUUGGCCAGGGCCAGUAUGCACAGUAUUAUAACAGCUCUCCCUACCCAGCACAUUAUAUGACAAGCAGCAAUACGAGCCCCACGACGCCUUCCACAAAUGCCACUUACCAGCUUCAGGAACCACCAUCUGGUAUCACCAGCCAAGCAGUUACAGAUCCUGCAGCAGAGUACAGUACAAUCCACAGCCCAUCAACACCCAUUAAGGACUCAGAUUCUGAUCGAUUGCGUCGAGGUUCAGAUGGAAAAUCACGUGGAAGGGGCCGGAGAAAUAAUAACCCUUCGCCUCCACCGGAUUCAGAUCUUGAGAGAGUGUUCAUCUGGGACUUGGACGAGACAAUCAUUGUGUUUCAUUCCUUGCUUACUGGAUCCUAUGCCAACAGAUAUGGGAGGGAUCCACCAACUUCAGUUUCCCUUGGACUUCGAAUGGAAGAAAUGAUUUUCAACCUGGCAGAUACACAUCUCUUUUUCAAUGAUUUAGAAGAAUGUGACCAAGUACAUAUAGAUGAUGUCUCCUCAGAUGAUAAUGGGCAAGACCUAAGCACAUAUAACUUUGGAACAGAUGGCUUUCCUGCGGCAGCCACCAGUGCUAAUUUAUGCUUGGCAACUGGUGUGCGAGGAGGUGUAGACUGGAUGAGAAAGUUGGCCUUUCGCUACCGACGAGUAAAAGAGAUCUACAAUACUUACAAAAACAAUGUUGGAGGGCUCCUUGGACCAGCCAAGAGGGAAGCCUGGUUGCAGCUGAGGGCUGAGAUUGAAGCUCUGACAGACUCCUGGUUGACAUUGGCCUUGAAAGCACUUACACUCAUUCACUCCAGGACUAACUGUGUGAAUAUUUUAGUAACAACUACUCAGCUCAUCCCAGCAUUGGCGAAAGUCCUGCUCUAUGGAUUAGGAAUUGUAUUUCCUAUAGAAAAUAUUUACAGUGCAACUAAAAUAGGAAAGGAAAGCUGUUUUGAGAGGAUAAUUCAAAGGUUUGGAAGAAAAGUGGUAUAUGUUGUUAUAGGAGAUGGCGUGGAGGAAGAACAAGGUGCAAAAAAGCAUGCCAUGCCCUUCUGGAGGAUCUCCAGUCACUCAGACCUCAUGGCCCUACAUCAUGCCUUGGAACUGGAGUACCUGUAACAACCACAGAGCACUUUGAAACCACACAACAGCCCUGUGACCAGGGACAAAUCCAGCAGGCCUGAGUCUCACGUCAGCGCAGACUCCAGAAAUUAGUGAUUUCAGCACACUGACAUGCAGCUGCUGUGGGUCUUCACCUCUGCCCUGGUGGUAAAUGAAAGACCACAUCUAUUUCUUCAGAACAGCUGUUGACUCUAGUACUGUGAAUCCAAUGAAAAUAAGCCAUGAGAAUGUUCUAGCACAAAAAAAAUGUGUCUUUACCACAGUAAGUACGUGGUUCAAACCUGUGAAGAAAGGACCUGCAAACGCUUAUGUUUUUAGCAUCUUCAAUGUGACAUAGAUUCUCCAUGACAGCAAACUUGAUUGCACAAACGAAAACUGAAAUGUGUUUUCUGAAGACCAGUGGGGGAAUUUUCCUGUAAAGAAGGUUUACUUUUUGGUGUCUCAUGCCCAGGGUAAUCUGUACAUCUCUACUUAUUUAUGAACAGACUUUUUAAAAGAAAUAUAAUGAAACAGCUUUAUUGAGGUAUAAUUCAUAUACCAGGUGGUUCACUUGAACAGACUUUUU